CCCGGAAGUGACGCGCUUGGGCCCGUCAGACUGUGUUGAUGUUUUGUGCACGAGCUCUCGCCCGGGAAGAAGGAGACGAAUUUCAGGUUUUUUCUCGUUCGUUUGUAUGUUGUGUUCCGUCCAAACGUCGAUGGGAAUCGUCGUGUUCUCGACGGGGAACAUUCGCUCGAUGAUUUGCGGCUAGCCACGUAGCUCGACGCCAAACACAGACAAGCUUUUGAUCCAAAAAGGCGGACCGACUCGUCGCCCUCUACCCCUCCACCUCACCCCCACCCCUCCUCCUCCCCACCAUGACGAUCCUGCCCAAAAAGAAACCCAGCUCGGGGGUCGGGGUCGCGGAUCACGCUGAUGACACCGACCGGCGGAGCGUCGCGGACCCUCACCAGCACCCGCACCCCCACCCUCACGCGGGCAGGACCGGAGCCCGGCCCCGUGCUUCUCCUCCGCCGUGGACGUACCAGCCGGCGCCGCCUUCCACCAGAGAUGAGCGGCGGAGCAUCGAAGCGGGCUCCCGGCCGCAACAGGCCUCCCCUCCGCCUGGCGGCUCCGUGGCCUCCGCGGGGCCGUGCGACGGUCGGGACGGCGGCGGCGGCGGAGUCGGCGGCGGCGGCCUGGUGGCGACCUCCCGCGGGGACCUGGUGGUGCAGGCCGGUGUGGUGGGCUGCGGCGGGAGUAUCGGCGGCUGCUGCUCCGGGCCCGGACUCAGUAAGAGGCGGCGGCAAGCGGGCACCUGCUCCGGCUCGGCGGCGUUGGCCGGAGGCGGGCAGGCCGGCGUGGGCGGUCCCGGCGGCGUGGGCUCCAGCCAAGAACCGGACGAGGGAGCCGGCGGCAACAACAGCGAGGACGAGUACGAGAACGCCGCCCGCCUGCAGGCAGUGGACCCGGCCACCGCCGAGCAGCAAGAGCACUGGUUUGAAAAAACUCUGCGGGACAAGAAAGGUUUCGUCAUCAAGAAGAUGAAGGAGGACGGCGCGUGUCUCUUCAGAGCUGUCGCUGACCAGGUCUAUGGCGAUCAGGACAUGCACGAGGUGGUGAGAAAACACUGCAUGGACUACCUGAUGAAAAACGCAGACUAUUUUUCCAACUAUGUGACGGAGGAUUUCACCACAUACAUCAACCGGAAAAGGAAAAACAAUUGCCAUGGCAACCACAUUGAGAUGCAGGCCAUGGCAGAAAUGUACAACCGGCCCGUGGAGGUGUACCAGUACGGCACAGAGCCAAUCAACACCUUCCACGGCAUCCAACAGAAUAACGACGAGCCCAUCCGAGUGAGCUACCACCGUAACAUCCACUACAACUCCGUUGUCAACCCCAACAAGGCCACCAUCGGCGUGGGCCUCGGCCUGCCCGCCUUCAAACCGGGGUACGCGGACCAAUCCCUGAUGAAAUCGGCCAUUAAGACAUCCGAGGAAUCGUGGAUCGAACAGCAGAUGUUGGAGGACAAGAAGCGAGCAAGCGACUGGGAGGCGACGUGCGAGGCCAUCGAGGAGCAGGUGGCCAGGGAGUCAUACCUGCAGUGGCUCCGGGACCAGGAGAAGCAGGCCCGACAGCCCAGGAAAGCCAGCGCCACCUGCAGCUCAGCCACAGCGGCGGCCUCCAGUGGCCUGGAGGACUGGGCCGCUCGGUCGCCGCGGCAACGAGACGCUGACCCCUCCCACUCGGACCUCACCAGCGCCCCAUCGACCGUCAUCAAGCCGCCUUCCCCCGCCGGUGCCGCACUCAUCCUCAACAAACCGCCCUCACCUUGUGCACCAGGUCCCAGUAAUCCGAGUCGUCAUCAUUUAGAGUACAGAGCCAUUAUGCAGGAGAUGUCACCGACAGCAUUUGGUCUGAGCGACUGGGAGGAUGACGAGAUCCUGGCAUCAGUCCUGGCUGUGUCCCAGCAGGAAUAUUUGGACAGCAUGAAACAUCAGAGCGGUUCCGUUCAGCAUCGAGAGCGAGAGGCGUCGCCAGACAGCAGCUGAUGGACGCACAUAAGCCACAAAUGAACCCCCCCCCCCAGCGCCCCACCCCCUCCCGUGAACCACUGAAGACAAAGCCAGAAGAAAGAAAUGCAGUUUUUUUUGUCCCCUUUCAAAAUCCAAUCCAUCCUUCCCUCACUCUUUGUCUUUUCCUCCGAGCGGGAACUUGAGCGGAUUCUGUCUCUAACAAGGCCGUCAGAAACGGGCUAACCACGCAUCAAGUCACGGGAGAGAGAGCGAUUUAAUCCACGGGAUCAAAACACGAACACUUCUGCUCGCAUGUUCCGCCAUUUUUUUUUUUUUUUGACCGCUAAGCGGCUACGACCACAAGCCAGCUCUUGUCGCAAGAAACAAUGUUGCCACAUGACAUCACUUUGAUUUUGGAUUUUGUUUUUAAUUUAUUCUGGUUUGCACAAACGACACCACUCACAAAAUUUCAGAGUGAUGGGCUUUUUGGGGCUACAAUUUCAGGAAGAACCUGAGAUCCACUCCAAAUUGCAUUUGAUCUUCUUUGAGCUUCGGAAUCCACUUCAGUGCUGUUUGCACAAGUUUUUCCUCGUGCGACGGGCAACCUUGGCAGCGGUUUAGAUCCAGAACCUUUCGGUUUCCUUAGAAUCGAUCUUCAAACGGUUCUUUUUAUUGCAGCGGAGAGACUGGAAGCGUCACAAAAAGGCAAAGAAGUCGAUGUCCUUGGAAAUUAAAACUAAGAAAACGCGCGUGAACGUUGCCCUUCGGUUUCUAGUUUGAGAACAGCAAGUUCGUAAGUACUGAAACAUUAAGCGGUUGAAUUGAGUCGUUUUAAAAAGCGUAGGGGGGGGGGGGGGGUCAAAGUUCACCAAGAAAAAGCUCAAGCGUAUUUGAGGUUCAUCCUUAAAUUUUGGCUGAAAGCCCAAUAUCUCAAAACUUUAUUGUGAGUUGUGUAAAUAGAUUCACGGCGAUCGCCUCUUUCUGAUUGGCUGUCAGCCCAACUACCAGUUUAUUUCGUCCGCAGUAGCCAAAAAACACAAAAGCGAGCAAGCUCACGGAGGUUCUUUCUCGUUUAAAAAGGAUCGUUGCCAAUUACCUGCUUCGCUAGUCUUUUGCUGGUGAAAAUGAGAUUUCCUGGCGCCGCGUGAGCUGAUAUCAAAAGGGAAAAUUUAUCGCGGCUUGAAAUGUUUUUCAACGCUCAAGACGACGUACUUCGGUGAGCUGGCGUAACUCGCCUAACUGCGACACGUUAAAAAAUGUCAUCGCUUAGUUGUAGCGGUUUCUUUUUGACGACUUAGCAUUAGCAUGUUAUCCGCUGACCGGCAAAUUGAAUAAGUUUUCCCCUUCUGGUUUGUAGAGAAAGAUUGUUCUUGAACAUGUAGCACAACAAAGUGAGCAAGGCUAAUAGGACAUAAAAGACAGCAAGGCCUCAUGCUACACUCUUCACGCCUGAAGUCGACUUGUACAAGUUGAUAGGACUUCCUGUUGGCGACCGGCGUGUUUUGAGUUCCAUUGAUAGCUUGGAUAUCUAUUUUUUAAAAAUGUCUGUCUUCCUCUUCUUACCUCCACCAUCAUCAUCCUUAGCUGCAUGUUUCAUCAUGACCAAUAUCGCCAUGGAGACAAAGUGACAAAUGAGAGACCAGAACAGAAUUGUCACAUUUAUCCUCUUUAUGUUUGAUUAUUGUUAUUAUUAAUAAUAUAAGUUUGCUUUUAUUUUAUCUCUUGGGAUGACAAAAAAAAAUCCGAUUUUUUUUUCUUUCUUGGAAUAAAAAGAGGAAAAUUGUUUCAGACAGAA